GAAUUCACAACAGAAUUGGGUUUUACCAUAGCGUUUGCUAUAGUUAUGAUCUUGACAUUGGUUGGAAACUUGUUGCUGAUAUACAUUGUCUGGAAUACACCUGAAACGAGAGGUCUGACAAGUUUCUUGUUCGUAAAUAUGGCGGUAGCCGAUCUACUGGUUGCAGUAAUUCAGAUGCCCCUCUCCAUGGCUCAUUUUUACUCCACUGGAAUGACUGGUGUGGCGGGUGACCUGUUCUUCUGUUGGUUGCCCAUGCAAGUGCUCCAAAUGGACUACGUGGUGACGGCAAGAAUAAAAUGGCAUCCUGCAGCCAUCUACUUUGCCUCUUGGCUCAGUCAGGCUAACAGUGCCAUUAAUCCAUGGCUCUAUAUCCUGCUCAAUGGUAAAAUGAAUGGAGCUUUUCGCAGAAUGAUCGGAAGCCAGAGUGUGAGAAGCAGGGCAUUCAGCAAUACCAGCCAAUCAACCACGGCCGUAAGCUUUCUCAGAAAUGACUGCUUGGAAGAUACUGCAGUUUAAGGGUCAUAGCUGUACUGAA